CACUAUACCGGAACCAGCCCUGACACACAAGAUAAACAUUCGUCUCGGCCACAAUCUCUAAAAUGGCUGAGUCUUGUUCAUUAUUUGGUGAAGAACAAUUCACCUGUUCAAUUUGUCUGGAUCUACUGAAGGAGCCUGUGACCAUUCCUUGUGGACACAGUUACUGCAUGGGCUGUAUAAAGGACUACUGGAGUCUAAAUAACCAGACAGGUGUCUACAGCUGUCCUCAGUGUAGACAGAUAUUCACCACAAGGCCUGCUCUGAACAAAAAUACCAUGUUUGCAGAGGUAGUGGAAAGACUGAAGAAGACUGAAGAACUCCAAGCUGACCCUUCUGUUCCUAGUUAUGCUGAACCAGGGGAUAUUGUGUGUGAUGUCUGUACUGGGAGAAAGCAGAAAGCCAUCAAGUCUUGUCUUCUGUGCCUGGCCUCGUACUGUGAAACACACCUCAAGCUUCAUGACAAGCUAAACCCAGGAAAACGACACAGGCUUGAGGAAGCCUCCAUACAGCUACAGGAGAAGAUCUGCUCCCAACAUGACAAACUGCUGGAGGUUUACUGCCGUACCGAUCAACAUUGUAUCUGCUAUGAGUGUUUGAUGGGUGUACACAAAGGCCAUGAAACCGUUUCAGCUGUAGCUGAAAGCACAGAAAAACAGAAAGAACUGAAGGAGGCACACAAGAAAUCCAAGCAAGUAAUCAAGAGGAAAGAGAAGGAGCUAUUGCGGUUGAAGCAGGCCAUGGAGUCUCUCACAUACUCAGCACAGGUAGCUGUGGAAGACAGUGACAAGGUCUUUGAUGAAAUUAUCCGCUCUGUUGAGAAGUGGCACUCUGAUGUGAAAAGACUGAUCAGAUCACAGGAGAAUGCUGCUGUGGGCCAGGCUGAAGAGCAGGUUGAUCAGUUGCAAAGGGAGAUUGCAGAGUUGAGGAGGAGAGAUGCUGAGCUUGGGCAGUUGUCAAAAACAAAAGAUUCUAUUAUUUUCCUCCAGAGCUGUCAAACAAUCCUAGCCCUCCCUGGAUGUGGAGACUCAUGCAGCAUCAAUGUCAGCCAACAAGUGUCUUUUGAAGGCGUGAAGAAAUCUGUGGCUGAACUGAAACAGCGAUUGGAGGACAUCUGCAAAGGGACCUUCGUAAAAAUCUCUAAAAAAGUACAGGAUGUUCAUAUUCUGCAGGCAUCAAAUCCCAGUCCACGUGAGCCAAUUUUCACCACACAUUUGCACUAAAAUUACAUCAGCACAAUCACAGUUUAUCUUGAGACUAAUGCAACAUAAUUGACUGUCUUUAGUUCAUUAUUUCUGUAUCCCUCUAGUUCUACCCCAAGUAAAAGAAAAGUUUGUGGAGAGUAAAGUACCAACAACAAGGGAGGAGUUUUUGAAAUAUGCCUGUCAGCUCACAUUGGACCUAAACACCGCACAUAAAAACCUCCUUCUCUCCAAAGACAACAAAGAUGCUGUAUGGAAGGAUGUGGCACUGCCUUAUCCUGACCACCCAGAGAGAUUUGUAAACAAUGCUGUAGUACUGUGUAGAGAGGCUCUGUCAGGUCGCUGUUACUGGGAAGUUGAAUGGAGUGGAGUACAGGUUGUUAUGGGUGUUGCAUAUAAGGGGAUAAACAGAAAGAAGUGUCCUAGUCAUGAUCAUUUUGAUUGGAUUUUAAACUUUCAUGAACAGACCUGGAGUUUGGAUGUGUUUGGUCGCUGUGUUUGGGAGAAUACUAAACAGACUAAACAACUACCUUUUUGGCCUUCUAAGAAAAUAGGGCUCUACUUGGAUCACAAGGCUGGAUCGCUAGCGUUCUAUAACAUUACUGACACAAUGACCCUCCUCUAUAGAGUACAAACUACAUUCACUCAACCACUCUAUCCUGUUUUCUGGAUAAAAGUACAGUCCAGGAUGAAAUUGUGCCGCAUGAAAUAAAUGAAAAUGAUUAUUAUAAAAAUAUGAUGCUUUUUGAAAUCCUCUUUUUACAUUGAAAAGAAGUAUGGGGGUUUGUCUGUUUGGGAUUAUAAACGGCACCCACUUCUAACGGCAAUCAUUUACACCAAAUUAUACAAAUUAUAUGCUGUAUGAGUAAGAAGGAAGUAUACCAAUUGCAUACAAGAAUGAAUAAAAAUAAAUGAAUGGUAA